AUGUCGUCUGGUCUCAAAGUAAAAGAUUCUGCGUGGUGCAAAAAUGAACGUGAAGUGGAUGAACCAGUAAUGUCAUUUGCUGAAAUAAUGAGUGAAGAAUUAGUAGAUCAACUCAUGGAAGAAGAUGCCAGAGUUCUGGAUCCAUCUAUCGCUCAAUAUGGUAUAAGUUCUGACGAGCUUUCGAAAUGCGCCGAUGAUUUUGAACUGGCUAGAAUGCUUCAGGAAAAAUUUGAUCUGGAAUAUGAAAUGACUGUACAGUCGUUUAAGAACAAGAAAACUGAAUCUAAAAUUCAGUUAGGAUUUAAAUCCUAUCAUUCUGUAUGUGACAGCGAUGAAGAUUGUGAUGAGGAAAUCAGUCAAGAUGAUGAAGAUUUGAAAGAGAUCAGAAGAGAAAUUGAGAAAAGGAACGCACUACAUUUAGGUAAAGUGAAAGAUGAAUUUCCAUCGAGUGGUUACGUACGUAAUUCUUUGGGUAAUUUAAUUACGAAACAUGAUAAAGAAAUAAGUGAGAGACGCAAUUCUGAAAAAGCGAUGCAUCUUCCUAUUGAUUUUCCUACUGGUAAUGUAAUUGGUGAGAAGUUGAGCAACAAAGUUUAUAAUAAAUUGCGCAGUUGCAGUAAAGCUGAUCGAAAGAAGAAUAUCCGUGUAAAAGAUAAAGAUGAAAAAGCUACAAAUGAAAUAAGUUUGGACAAGAUUACUCGUUUGGUAAUCUAUAAAUUUAUCAACGCGGGCCUUUUCGAUAAAGUCGGAAACAUUAUUGCAACAGGAAAGGAGUCGGUGGUUCUGCAUGCAAUGACACAUGCUGAUGGAAUCAAAGUCCUCGAAGAAAAGCACUUUGCUCUUAAAGUUUACAAAAUGACACUAUCCGAGUUUAAAAAUAGAUUAGAAUAUGUCUUAGAUGAUUAUCGCUUUAAAAAUCCUCGGCGAGUACUGCGUAUUUGGGCCGAAAGGGAAUAUACAAACCUGAAAAGGAUGAUUCGUGCAGGCGUAAAGUGUCCUGAACCGAUUCGACUCAGAAGACAUAUUAUGAUUAUGACCUUUAUUGGCUCGAAUGGCGUUGCAGCGCGCAAAUUGAAAGAUAUCGAAUGGAGGGACCAGAAAACCAUUUAUCAAGCAUUUCUGCAAGCCGUGAUCAAAAUGUUUACGGACUGCAACCUUGUACAUGGUGAUCUCAGUGAAUUCAACAUGCUGUAUUAUGAAAAUCACGUGUACAUCAUAGACGUUUCUCAGGCGAUGGACACUUCACACCCCCGAGCUUUGUUUUUCUUGCUUCGAGACAUUAACAACGUCUUGGAAUACUUUCAAAAAUUAAAUAUUGAAAAAUUACCAUCAGCGACUGAGUUUUUUAAUGAUGUUACUGGCCUAAAUAUGGAUCCUGGUGAAAGUCUACUACUUUUUCCAUUUAUUCUCAUGACACCGGAACAAAUUUACGAAAAAUUAAACCUAUACCUACUAUCCAUUUUGCAUGACCGCUACGCUCCUACUCUUUUUCAAUUUUAUCUAUUAAAACAGAUUCUAAUGAAUUUUCCAAAUAUGCACACGUACUGCUCAUCUAGAAUUGUUGUCGAUUUCAAAGUUGAACAUUUUGAGAAAGACAACCGCAGUGCUCAACUCCGCCAUGAUAAGACAAACCCAGCUGAUAUGGAACUACGUUUGUAUGAUGCAGAAGUUUCUGAGACCUAUGAGGACCCAGCCGAAUUGUAUAAUUGA